CAUCACAUUGCUCCGUUCUGAGUUAGUUUAGGUUCAAAUGGAAGUAACAACAGCUACAUGGGAGGCAGUGGUGGUGGCAGUGGAGGAGGAGGAGAGAGAUGAAGCCGCUCUCAUCCAACGGCGGAGACUCUUCGACGACCACCGCACCGCCGCACCGGCAGCCGACACCGGUAAAGCAAAGUUAAAGCAAAAGCAUUACAAUGUCACAGAAGUUGAAUCUGACUACGAAGAAGAAGAUAGGAAAUAUAUUAGUUGCUGCAAUGAAGCUUCUUCUGUAGAAGUGGUCAUUAGCAAUAGUGAUGAUGGAAGAUUUAUGGAAGCCACCGAACAGAUCAAUAGUCGAAGUUAUAGGAGGCAAGAGGUUUUAAAAAGCAUGGUGGCUUGUGGCUUAACUGAAUCCACCACAAGCUUAAGUAUUGUAACAGCUGCAGCCACUGCCCAAAUUUCCAAUGAGAAUAUAGUGGUGUUGGCAUUGACAAAUCUAAUUGCUGGACUUUUUGUCAUAAGACAUAAUUUGGCAGGACGGAAAAAGAAAACGCUCAAUAGAGGAUGCAAGAACUACAAAGAAGUAAUGGUUGAAGGAAUGCAUUGGCUUCUCCAUUAUUCAAUGGCAUUCAUAUCGUUCUCGUUUUUCGGUUUAGUUCCUCCUUUGGUUUAUGCGUUCACAUUUCGGGAGUCAAUCGACAACAAAGUUCUCAAGCUCGGAGCAGUUGCAGCAGCUUCUUUUCCAUGCAUUGCAUUUCUCGCCAUCUCGAGAACUCACCUUCAGAAACCGAAAAAAUGGCGAACCUACUUCAAGAAUAUUGCUUAUUAUGUUUCAAUCGGAGUUGUAGCUUUCGGCUUAUCGUAUUUGGCAGGUGACCUACUUGGAGAACUCAUAGGGAAGCAUGGCUGGUUUGAGUAAAAUUAGGCGCCAGUUUUUGCUCUUCUUGAUAGUUUGUUUUGCAGAAAUCUGCAUCUGUUUAUACUUUGACCAAAAAAUUCUAUUUCGUUAAAUUAAGUGAUGAAAAAACUUUGUACUUCGACCCUUGAAAGGGAUGAAGAUAUGUAAAUGUCGUUGGUAAGGUUUUUCUGUUUCUCA